AUGACCGAGAAAGGCAGCGAAGGCGACGGCAAGUUCGUGUAUGCGGAAGCUACGGUGGACGAAAAGGUUGGGUUCAUCUUCGACCGCAUGAAAGAAUCUUCCUUCCUUGGGGAUUGCCGCAACAAGCUCAAGUCGGAACUCAAGCGCCAGCUCAACAAUAUGGAAGGCGACGAAGAAGAUUUUCACGUCAAUCUGACGUACAUGAUGCAGCGUCUCGGUCUCGUGCAUGCAAUCAAGACGUUCGUGAUGGACAUUCACACCGAGGGCACCAAAGACAAGCGCGACUUUGGCAAACAAAACGCUGCUUUGGUAUCGAUUGAGCCCGAUCGACGGGAGGCAUUAGAAGCGAUUGAGGUGGCGCGAAAGGCAUGGGAAGCUUUCGCAACGGAUUCUUUGCGUGAAUACGUUCGACAGACGUCCACGCCGCUCGUCGUUUACCACGAAAAUGUGUCGUCGAAAGACGCCCCUGAAACCACCAAGCCCAACGUCGCAAGCCGCUUCCUCUUUUCAAGCGACGACUUCCUCACGGCACUUCAACGUAUCGCGCCGCUCAAUCGGUCACCGCAUGUCCCGCCGCAUCCGUGGAGCUCCAUACAUCCCUUGCUUCGAACCCGUGAGCUGGUAGAAAUUCAACAGCAAUACACGGAACUAUCACCUUCCCAUGCCCAAUACGGCCUUGACGAAGACGUGCCCAACAUCCACGGCGACUACGUGUACAUUCAGGGAAAAAACAAGCUUGGAGACAAAGUCCUUCAGAACGGAACCGUGCCGACGGCAAGGCAAUACGCCAAAACGGGAAGCCCGAUCACCCUCCGGCCGCAUAUCUGGCGACAAGCGUUGAGCGUAGCUAUCGACCCCAUCUAUUUUCAGCAACUGGAGGCAAAAGUCAGGGCCAUGACGUUUGCCACCGACGGCCUCUUCAUGCUGGAUGUGCAGCAGACCACCGACAGCUCCGACUACUUUCCAUUUGAAGACCAUCUUCGUAGUGUCAUGCUGGCGUUCUCGCGAGACGAACAAGUGGCGUCGCAAGCCGUGAUGACGCUGCAACAUCCUGUGCUGUUCCAUAACACAAACCCCACGGCAGAGAAGACAGGGUCGAAUGUCGCGAUCCCACCAGCAAAUGUGAUGCCCUAUCAUGGCUUGGUGAUGUUCGUUGCGCCUUUGUGCUACUUGUACGACGACCCUGUGCACGUCUACUUCGUGUUUCGGGACAUGUAUUGCCGGUACUGGUGUCAACUUACGGGGAUCUCGGCACGACCAAAUUCCAUCUUGGCGCUUUGUAAAACCUUUGAAACACUCGUCCAUCGUCACAUCCCUGCAGUCGUUCAGCAUUUGCUUCAGCAUGAGAUUGUACCGCUCGUAAUCGCGUUCCCGUGGAUACAGAGCGCAUUCUCCGGCGUACUAGAAAUUGACCAGGUGCUGCUGUUGUGGGAUCGGGUAGUCGGUUACGACAGCUUGGAAAUCAUCGCAAUCUUCGCCGCCGCUCUGUUCACGUUCCGUUCGCAUGAACUCCUACAAGUUACCAAGAUUGACGACGUGAGGGACCUCUUCACGGAGGCGCUCGAGAUCCAAGUCAUGCCCAUACUCCAACAGUUCCUCUUUCCUAUCUUCGAGCCGCAUGGCAAAUGACAUUGGACUAUUGAGUCGUAUCCGGAUGAUUGAAGCAUUGGUUCAACUAUUUCAAAUCCCCUUAAUUAUUUAAAGUGAUUAAAAAAUUGACCGGAUAACGAAA